AUGGGAGCCCUCUCCCUCGCCAACCCCCCGUGUGGCCUCUCUCCUCGGCUUCGCCGGCGCUUUGAUUUGUAUUCUUCCUCCCUUGUGCUUCCUUUAUACACUUUGGUUCGAUGUAUCGUAUUUUUCGACAGUUUAUUGCCGAUAAUAUUUGGAUUUCCUAUUUCCUUUGGAUUGUUCGCUGUUCUGAGAUUUAUUUAUGUUUUGUGCACUGAUGUUUGGGAUUUAUAUCUUUGUGAGUAUCUACUUUUUCUUCAUGGCCUAAAAUUCAUGGCCGUUUCAUUUUGGGCUUGUUAGCGGCUUGAAGGAUGGAAGGGCAGUCCCUUUGCAAGCUUCUUCAAGGAGCAUCAGGUGCACAGCUUCUUUGACAGUGGGCGGUGACGAUGGUGAAGGUUAUAUUGGUGAGUCUAUUUUUUUGGAGAAUAUGCUCACAUAGCCUGUCCUACCUGUUGAUUUUGGGCAUUAUUGCGCUUUCUAUAUCAUUGGUUUACGAUGAGCUAUCCUUGGAAGUGUUUCUUGAAUUCAUCGUACAUGAAGGGAGAUGACCUCUUGAUUCCUUAUCUCGUUGAGAUUUUUUUUUACUUAUUCCACGUUAUUCGUUUUUUUUAAUUAUAUAAGUAGCGUAAUUAGCGAAGAACUGGAUAUUUCUUUUGCUGUUGUGAUUGAGGCAACCAUCACGCUCUGAAUCACUAAAUUAUGGAGAUAGAUGCCCUUCCGCUCAUAUGUGCAUUAUGUUAAGGUUGAAUUUGUGGGCGUGGUCAGAUUUAAAGAUUAGAACACAAGAACGUUGGAGUCUUUCAAGAGCAGAUGAGAAGGCGAUGUUCAUACUCCUGUUUACAUUUCCUUUUUCUUAUACAUGCUUAAGUAGAGAAACGAAUUAAAUGUGGUUUAAAUUGAUGAGAAAAUGGAAUAUAAAUGAUGCUGUUUCAAAUGGUUCCUUUCAUAAUAUAGAAAGCCCACUCUAUUCAAAUGAGCCAAAUGUUGACAUCCUCAUCCAAAACUGCCUUCUAUUAAUGUUUGUCCAUAACCAUGUUCUUCUUGGCAGCACCCUGUUAUCCUUUGUCUUGUGCUCCAUAGUCAGGCAUUGAAAGAUAGUAAGAAGGGGCGAAAUUACAGAAAAAGUGUCUCUCAUCCUAGUUGAGAACUGUUGUAUCAUAAAAUUUUUACGAUUAUUUUUAAAUUUUAUUCUUCAAUUUUUAUUAUGCUCGUACUGCAGAGGGCGCAUUGUCUUUCUUUACAAAAUACUGGGAAUGAACUUUUUACAAGGAAAACGAGAGGAUACAUGGUUUUCCUUAAGUCACAAUCCUUGUAAGCUCGACCCUGCAUUUAUUAUAACCUGCUGCGAUUUUGACUUAGUUAUGUAGCGCUCAGAUCUUGGUUUGCUGAUACUUAGUUAUUCUUGAGCCCAUCAAGCUAAACAAAUAACAAUGAAAGAUGUGUAGCUUUCAAGAUAGGCAAGAGACUGCUAGAUUUCCCUCGUUCAAUUUUAUUAUAAAUGUAUUUUUUCUCUGAAUUCGCACAUAUUUUCUUCUGGCUAUUGUGUCUCUGCUUAGGAGCUAUAAUUAUUCAGCAAAUUUUAAUUAGUUUUAAGUUGCUUGUGCCAUCUUAGGAUUGAGCUAUUUUAGUUCUGUCGUUUCUUUCUGCGCUUUCCAGAUCCCUAGUAUUGUUUCUGCUCAACGUUGAUAGUGCCUUCAUGUUUCCCAUGGGCCAAAUAACCGAUCCAUCCUCAUGUAUUGAUAAUGAAGAAGACGAGUGUCGAUAAGCAUGCAGGACUUUGAUGUGGUGCUCUGUUGAGUCAUAAACGAUGAGCCUUUGCCUGCUUCAGCCUGUUGUGGAAUCGUUUUUUGAACCAAAAAUAUCUUCUUAUUCGUUUAUUUCAUCUUGUACUGAAUAUGGGACGUUUUUUCUGUCAGAUGAGGCAGUCAAACCAAUCCGAAUUGCUGAUCUAAUUGGGCACAUUUAAUUAACUAGAAUUUCCUUUAUUUUUUAUUGUUCUCUUCGAUAUCUGAAUAUAAUAAACUUUUCGUCCUUUUUAAUUCUUUCUUACCAGGGACUGUGCUGAAAUAUCCUCGACGGCAUGUAUGGAACCCCUACAAGCGUCUUGGCCUGGGUGCUGAUGCUUCAGAAGAGGAAGUUAGAGAGGCCCGGAACUUUCUCAUUCAGCAGUAUGCUGGGCAUGAGAGCAGCUACGAGUCUAUAGAAGAUGCAUAUGAUAAGCUGCUAAUGUCCAGUUUCAGACUUCGGAAGAAGACAAAGAUAAACCUGAAGACCAGGCUGAAGAAGAAAGUGGAAGAGUCUCCUCCAUGGUUCAAGAGAUUGCUCGAGUAUGUAGAGCUUCCUCCCAUGGAUGUGAUUCUCAGAAGGAUGUUUCUUUUUGCCUUCAUGGCAGCUUGGAGCAUAAUGAACUCUGCUGAGACCGGCCCUGCCUUCCAAGUACGUUCUCUAUCUCUCUAAAUUAUUCACUUGAUUCCAUAUUAGUGUUCAAUUUUCUGCAUUUUUGAGUCCCUUAUACAAGUAUUUAUGUUCUUGAGCGCCUGUGGGUGUCUGUGAAUACUAAUUUUUCUUUGUAUAUAGGAGAAUAGUUCACACUAAUCAUCCAGCAUCGUAUAUAGGAGCAUAAUUCACACAGCAUUUACACUUUUUUGCAGUAAACUGUUUGCAAUUGAUUAUCCUAACCAAUCAUCCCUAAUUCUGUUUUUUUCUUUUCUAAUUUUCAUCAUACAGCUUGCUCUUUCCCUUGGUUCAUGCAUCUAUUUCCUCAACGACAAGAUGAGUAAUGUCGCUAGGGCUUCUGUAACUGGGUACAUAUUUGAUGAACUAGAAACAGUCUUUGGUUUUCUCUCCAUGACAAGAUGGAUUGAUCCAUGGAUGCCCCUCCUCUCAGGUUUGGAGCUCUAGUGCUCGGCUGGCUGUGCGGGUCAGUGGUGGUGCCAACAAUCCCAUCAUUCCUCCUGAAGCCAAUGUGGACGCUUGAGCUCAUGACUUCCUUGGUUUGCUAUGUCUUCUUGUUCCUUGCCUGUACUUUCCUCAAGUAG